AAUUCUUGUUACUUUUCUGAGUUUCCGAAGGAAGAAUCAGAGGAAGGCGUAAUCAGCCGGAGGAGAAAUGGGUGCUUGUGCGUCUAAGCCGAAGGUGAAGGGCGCCAACGAAGCAGCACCGGCGCCGGCACCGGCACUGGCACCGGUCAAGGAGGACGGGACCAUUGCUGUCACCGAGAAGAAACUUGAGGUUCCGGCGGUGGAAGUCGCCGGAGAGGUGAAGGAAGUCGCCGAUGGCGACAAGGUGGAUGAUCAGAGUGUCAAACGCCGCUCCCUCAGCCACUUGUUCAACGAGAAAGAAGGGAAUGAGUCAAUUGAGAGUGAGAGGGCAGCAGGGGAAACAGAGACAGAGGAUUUGAAAGAGGUUGAAAAACAUACAAAAGAACCCGAGACAAAGGCGCCUCAAACUCUAGUAGUGACCGAAAAACAUACAACAGAACCUGAGACAAAGGCGCCUCAAACUCUAUUAGUGACCGAAAAACAUACAACAGAACCUGAGACAAAGGCUUCUACGGCUGUACUACAAAUCGAAAUACAUACAAAAGAACCUGAGACAAAGGCUCCUCAAAUUAUAGUAGGGAUCGAAAAACAUACGACAGAACCAGAGACAAAGACGCCUAGAGCUGUACUACAGAUCGAAAUACAUACAAAAGAACCCGAUACAAAGGCGCUUCAAAUUGGAGUUGAAACCAAAGAACAACAUACAGAAGAAGUUCAGACAGAGGCACUCCAAACUGUAGUAGAGAUCGAAAAACAACAUACAGAAGAAAUCGAGACAAAGGCACUUCAAACUGUAGUAGAGACUGAAAAACAUAUAGAAAAUUCUGAAACAAAGGUGCCUCGAACUGUAGAAGAGACCGAAAAACUUACCGAAGAAACUAGAACAAAAAACAUACUGAAGAAACCGAGACAAAGGCGCCUCAAACGGUAGUAAAGAUCGAAAAACAUACCGAAGAAAUCGAUACAAAGGCACCUAAAACUGUAGUAAAACAUACCGAAGAAAUCGAAACAAAGGCGCCUCAAACUGCAGUAGAGACCAAAAAGCAUACAGAGGAAACGAUGAAAGAGUCGCCUCACACCGGAGUAGAGGCCGGAGAACGUCUAGAAGACGCCGAAUCCGAAUCAAAGGCACCUCAAAGUGGAGUAGAAACUGAAAAAUCUGGAAGUCCAACUGUAAAGAUAUCAACCAUCGCUGUUCCUACAAAUUCUGAGACCAUUCCUGAGGUUUACAUAACCGUUUCUUUACCAUCUGAUGUUACGCCAACACCUGAAGCAGUGGUAUUAGUUGACGCUACACCAACAGCAGCAGACGAGAGUAGAACAUCAGAGAAGAAGAAAGAAGAUAUCGGCAAUGUCAUGAAGACCGAGACGGAGAUACCAAAAGAAAUUGAAGCGAAGCCGAUUUCAACUCCGACGACUCCAACUGAAACAGUUACUGAACCAGAAAAGAGAAGUGAGGAAGCAAAGGUAAGUGCUGAAGAAAAAAUAAAAAGUUGAUGGGAAUUAGCGAGGUUAUUUAAGGUGGAAGUAUAGGAAGUAAAAGAAAAAAUCUGCAUUGCUGUUAGUUGUUUAAUUUAUUGUGUGGGAGAAACUUGGGCCAAUGAAGAAGUGGGAUUACAGAUUAUUCUGUGGUUCUAAGGCAACUUCUUGAGAGGGUUUGGUUUCUAUUGUUUUGUUGUAUAUCAUCAUUUGUUGGGGUUUUCCAUUGAGUUGCACAUUCUCUUUCCUUUCCUUGCUUUGGAUGUAGCCCAUAUAUGAGUUUGUCAGAUUAAUAUAUAUAAAAACAUUAGAAUA